CACCUGCGGGCGGAGCAGAGCACCCCCUCCCCGCCCCGGCCCACCCCGCCCCGCUGCCGGCUCGGCGGGCGCCUGCCGCUUCCCUUGAAAGCCAGGCCGGGCUGCGGGGCGGCUGGGCUGGAGCAGGAGGCCGUAGGUAGUAGAGCUAUAGGGAAAAAAAAAGACUUGUCUCCACAACUUGCUUUACAGUAUCUUUUGGCACAAUGGACACUUUUUAAGAGUUUUGCCAGUUGUCAAAAAUCGUCUAGGAAAGAGAACGUUGGACUUCAAGGAGUAAGAGACUUUAAAGAGAUCCUGGGAAUCAGUCACUUAUAAAACCUGGUUUACUCAUACAGCUUGGGAAUGAAUACUAUUGAAACCGCAAAACUUGAAGACCAUAUGGAGGGUCAAAACAAUGACACUGCUAAUGGAUACACACGACCUACUCUCUCAGUCAGUGAGGAGAACAAAAAUGGCAAUAACAAACCGAAGGGCUUGUCCAAUGGCUUGCGAAAAACAGCAAAGAAAUAUCCUGAUUACAUCCAGAUUGCUAUGCCUGCUGAAUCUAGGAAUAAAUUUCCUCUGGAAUGGUGGAAAACAGGCAUUGCUUUUGUCUAUGCUCUCUUCAACUUGAUUUUAACAACUGUCAUGAUCACUGUGGUCCAUGAGAGAGUACCUCCAAAAGAGCGUAGCCCUCCCUUGCCUGACAAAUUUUUUGAUUACAUUGAUCGUGUGAAAUGGGCUUUUUCUGUAUCAGAAAUAAAUGGAAUGAUACUAGUUGGAUUGUGGAUAUUCCAGUGGUUAUUUCUUAGAUAUAAAUCAAUUGUGGGACGCAGGUUUUUUUUUAUAAUAGGAACUUUGUACCUGUACCGCUGCAUUACUAUGUAUGUUACCACCUUACCUGUGCCUGGAAUGCAUUUUCAGUGUGCACCAAAGUUGAAUGGCGAUUCUCAGGCAAAGGUGCAGAGGAUCCUGCGACUGAUAUCUGGUGGUGGUCUGUCCAUAACUGGAUCUCACAUCCUGUGUGGAGACUUCCUGUUCAGUGGUCACACUGUAGUACUAACACUGAUCUACCUGUUCAUCAAAGAGUAUUCACCACGUCAUUUCUGGUGGUAUCACUUAAUCUGCUGGCUGAUGAGUGCUGCUGGCAUAAUUUGCAUCCUUGUUGCUCAUGAACAUUACACUGUAGAUGUCAUCAUUGCUUACUAUAUCACUACACGACUCUUCUGGUGGUACCACUCAAUGGCUAAUGAAAAGACUCUAAAGGUUUCUUCGCAGACAAAUUUUCUCUCUCGAGCUUGGUGGUAUCCAAUAUUUUAUUUCUUUGAGAAGAAUGUGCAAGGGUCUGUUCCUUGCAGCUUCUCGUGGCCAAUAUCUUGGCCUCCCAGCUGCUUCAAAUCUUCAUGCAAAAAGUAUUCACGGGUUCAGAAGACAGGAGAAGACAAUGAGAAAUCUACCUGAAGAAAAGAAAAGCAUCUGCUCUGUUUUUUUACCAAGAUAUUAAUGCUGUAACCAAAGUUCUCAAGAGGACUAUAUUGUAACUGAAGAAGUGGACCAAAUGUCUGUGCAAUUGAUUGGAAAUAAAUUGUAGACAAGUAUAUUGCCAUUUAUAAUAUUUUCCUGUGAUCACACGGUGCAGUGUGAUGUGCUAAGAGAAUGCACCACUGAUGGGAUUUUUCCUUAAAGAAAAUGGAGCAGGACUUUGCUUUACUAAUGAGAUAGAGGUGCCAAAGACCUUAUUAACACUUUCAUUGCUAACUAUCACUCAUCCACAGAAGCACCCAAAAAUCUCAUCCUCAGAGUUCUGGAGUGUAAGGGCAGAAACAUGCUAAAAUAUAGAAGCAUGAUAUCUGUGUAUUGAAGUAUACAAAAAAACACAGUUGUGGGAAGUGGAUUGUUGCAUUAUCCUUGCUAAUGAAGGUAAGAUCUUUGUGUGACUAGUACAGCUGGAAGCAAGUCUUGACUUUUUUUACAUUCUGUGGGUAUGACUAUCUUAUGACCCUAAAAUACAGCUACUACUAUUAUCUUCCAUAUAUUCUACGAUGUACCAAUUUUUACAUUUUUAUUAGUAUUUUGUAUUUAAAUGGUUCUGCUACCUGAUGACUUUGCAAAUUAGGAAUAGCUGCUAACAUCAGAGCUCAAGGAGCCUAGAACUUUAUUUUUUAAAAAGGGCACAGUUUCAAAGUCUAAAUCUUUAACUGCAGUUUGGCCUUGUGUAUAUAGCUAUACAGUGACUGUUGGUGUAUGUAUAUGCAUAUGCACACAGAAGCACAUGCUGAUGAGUAGGUAGACAUGUUAAACAAAACUACUUAACUGAAAAGAGUGGUCAUACUGUUCUUAGUUCAGGCAAAAGUCCCACUGAUCUCACCUGCUUGAGAGACCGGAUCUACAAUGGGGCUAUACUUAAAAUAAACUUUUAAUUUUAGUAGCUAUUUUCUAUUGAAACUAUGUAGCAAGUUUGCUUGGGAGCCAUAGUUCUGCAUUUAAUUUGGUUUUUUUUGUACCUUUUGAUGCAUUUUUGUCAUUUAAAAAAAAAAAAAGCCAAGGUAAAUGCCUACAACAGUAGCAUUUUUUCAAUUAUUUUGUAAAACCAUUUCGGAUUGCAUUUUACCAGUAUAACUCAAAUGCAAAUUCUUUUUUUUUUUCUUCCUGGUUUUUAGUUCAAUUAGAAUGGCUGUAUACUCAUGUUGGCUGAGGAAGUAAAAAGCUACCAGUGUAAACGCGUAACAGAAAUGCAAAUUAACCACUACCUAAUUCUUGUUACUUUUCAUUGCUUUGUAUUGUUGGGAAAGCAAACUAGAAAACUAACACACCAUCUUUGGCAGUUCAUUUCUGCAGUUAAUUCAAUUUUAUUUCUGAGUCUUCAAGUUAAGCCUGAUAGAGCAAAAACUGCAUUAAGGGUUGAAGUUAAACUACUAUAAAGGAAAUGGUGUUUAUUUUAAAAAUGUCUUGAAUUGAGUGACAAGUAUGAACAUAGUUUAUGAAAAACUGUUUUUAAAAUAGUGCAGUUAAAGUAUUAAAAUGCAAUACAGAUUAUUCAAAUAUAUAUUUUGUUUUAGUUAAGGGGAUCAAUAAGUUGUAUGUGAAAAUGUUAAUGUUCUUCUCAAAUUUUUUGUGCAUUAUUAAGUACAAUACAAUAAAAAAAUGUUCAUUACAAUACAUUCUUGGUAAAAACUUAGCUAAGAAAGAAAUUCUGCUCAUGUUUGGUUUUGUUUUUUAUUUAAAAUAAGAUGCUCAAAAUUUUCAAAUAUUCCCUGGGAAUUUGUGUGUAUAGACAUGGCUAUGUAUUUGGUUGCUCCUGGCAGAACUUGAGUAGCUAAAAAGCUGGCAUCAAAACAAUUCCAUGAAAGUACAAAUGAAUUGGUUCAAUGAAAGCCUUUAAAUUUCUCAAGGUGGUUGUUAUAUCAAUGUAAUUUCACAGAGCGUGACACUUUUUGAAGCUGAAGACUGGCUUUGAUAUCUUAAAUACGUUCAUAUUAUUAAGACAGUUCUAGUAAUACUCCUAGAAAUCAUGAAUGGAUUUCACUGUUGUUACCUGUGCCUUGAAAAUAACGUGAUGUAAAGCAUUCUAGUAAGGAGCUUAAACAGUGGUAUUCAUCUGGUGGCUGAAUAAUAAAUAAUUUGAUAGCAUAGAUAACUAAUUGUCUGCGUAGCCAGUGCCAUGUCACAGUGGGAUUUCUGUAACGUAUCUGCCACCUAGGAUUUUUUCAUGCGGGAUUAGUUGGGUUUUCCUGUUGCUAUGAGGGAAAACACGGAAGAAGAAAAAUGGAACAAAGUAAAGAUUUUGCUUUUGUUGGGAAGUGUGAGCUUUUCACUCUACUGCUGAAUUUGAUAGGAACUUCUUCUGCCUUACAAUAGAAAAGUAAAUGACAGCUCUAGCUCAAAAUACUUGAUUCCUGUUCUAGCUCAGUCUCACCUUAGGUGCUUAACUUUACUGCACUGUAUCAAAUGCCUCAAAAGGGUGCGUGCUUACUUUACUUUAAAAAAAAAAAAAGAGAUCCUCUACUAUCUUUAUAGCUUUAAAUUGUUCUUGCAAACUUAUUGCAGAUGUGCUUGAAGACUUUUUAUGCCUAUGUAUAUAUGGUGAUGAAGUUGGGUAACUACUUAUGAUAGUGCUUACGGCUGUAGUAGUCUAUCCAAUACAAAACAGCUGGUAAAUAAAAAUUAUUUUAAGAACUUGAAGAUCAUCACAUAUAAAUUCUGAGAAGCAGAAAAUAUGGUUUCAUCCUAGGGGGAAAACGGAUGAGUGAGUGAAAACAGGAGAAUAUUGGGAUUAUCUUAAUGUACUGGAUGCUUGACUAUAAGCCUAUUUGGGCUAUGUAGGCCCACUGUUUUUCAUUAUGUCAUUGUAAGAGUCUUUCCUGGAGUUAUGAUGAUCUCUUACAGAUGUCAUGAGCUGCACCUGUACUGUGACUAAAUAAAAUGCUCCUUCUCUCUACUGAAGAGCAUCUACAUGUUGAACUGUGUGGGCACUUUAAAACAAAACAAAAAAAGCUACAGUUGCGCAUCUGGCAUAUCAGUAUGAUUUGAAUGCUGUUGGGUGCUCUGUAUUUACAAAUCAAACUUCCAUAAAUGCCUAACUUUUAAAACCAGGAUUUCUUAAAUUCAAAUACCAAACUGGGAUUUAAAUGGUUAACCUCAACAUUUAAAGAAAUGAGCUGCUAUGUGAUCAUGCUGCAGAUACUUUUUUCCAAGAAAAUGUGCUAGCCAGAAUGACUUUCAGACUUGAAAGCACUGUAAACUGACAUUUCUGCGUGCUUAGCGCUCCCAUGUGGACAUAAAUGUUAACCAUUGUUAGUCAUUCUCUAUUGCUGUUUUCUUGGAAAGAUAGCUGCAGCUGGGGUAGUAACAAAAAGCUGUGCUAAACGUCGCUAUGAACUCUAGCACUGGAUUUCUUCCUUCCUCCACAGUCCCCCUUUUUAUUUUUAUUUUUUAAAGAGAGGAGGGAAAAACUUUAAAACGUUGGUAACCUUCAUAUAAUUGAGAAACAAUGCUCUGUUAAUGAAGACAGAACUAGGAGGUAUCUUAGGACAUGAGAGAGAAUUCUCUUAAGAGGAUUUGCAGUAAUCUGAUAAUCUGUUUCUUAAAUCUGAAUCUGUUCAAACUUUCACCCAUCAUUAGUAUCUGGCUAGGCAAUUUAUCCUGCCAAAGUCUGGUGCCAGACCAAAUCCCAUGUCUCAUUUCAGUAGAUGUGAAGUAUGAUUUACAAUUCUUAGAUCAGAUCCAUUCAUUCCAGUGCAAGAUGAGGUCUUUCACUUCAGUUUGUGGGAAGGUUCCUUUAAACAACUUCUUACCUUACCAAAACUAAUUGAAAGACUCAGAGGAUAUAAUCUUAAAUACGUGCUCGGUAUAUUAGAUGUAAUGAUCAAAUGCUUGGAACUUGUUUUCACUGCUUGCUGACUUCACAGCCAUAGAGCUCCAUACUCAUCUUUACAUACUCAUCUUUAUUUUCUUUAAUGUUUUGAACUCGGCUAGGAGUCUUCUACAGAUGCACAACACUGAAAUGUUCUGUAAGAGUGAACGCUUCCUAAGUGUUCUAUACUGGGCACUAAAACUAAUGUGACUUAAGUUCAGUUAUGGGAAGAGAAAAAGAAGAAUCCUGAAAAUAACUAUUUCUGUUGACCACCAUUCCAAAUGACUGUCACUGCUUAGGAGUACGUAAAAAAUAUCUUGGUGUGCCACUGAAGUAAUUUUGCUUGUACAUUAAGCUUUUUCUGUUCCCUUAUGAUGCUUCCCAGUGCAAGGAAAAAAAAAGUACCAAGAUGCUGAGAAUGAGCACAAAUGAAACAGUUCUGGACUAAAGGCAUCUUAAGCAAUUGGGAGCCCACAGAGUAUGCCUGUGUGGAGUAGACUGCUCUGCAUACACAGCACUGGAUGCAGAACACAGAGGUUUCUCUUUCUUCAGGGGGGAAGGAAUAGGUUGUACCUGCAUAGUAGGCUGAGUUGUCUUUGCUUGUUCUUUUGGGAUCCUUUCAGACCAAGGGCUCAGUGUGAAAAGCAACAAUAGCUAGAAAGUAUAACAGAACUUAGAAAACUUAAGGAAAGAACUGAAAAGGGGAACAACUGUAAAGACAGUUCUAAUUCAACACUGUAUCUGAACUGGUGUUAUUUCAAGUAUAUGAGUUGCACUAAAAGUGAAUAUGCCUGUUUGUAUAUUUUUUAACUUUAUGUUAGAGGACAGAAGGAGUGCUGAGAAUACAAAGGGGAAAUUUAUCUCCUUGCUUGUAACUCCACCAGUGAAUUUUAUAUGUAUGGAACUUAAACAUAAUUUUGAAACUUCAACCCCUCUUCCAUCUUGGAUAAUGUCAGGGCUUCUUUAUUUCUGUAAAAGCUGGUUUUACAUUCCAAUUUUUCGUAGUUUGUGGCCAUUCAAAAUGGUUCUUAUGUGUAGCAUAGGCUGCCUUGUGCUCCUAUCUUUCUUCUCUUGCUUCUGUUCAUUUCUUAAUAGCUCGAUGCUGAGUAACAAUAUUAACGUUUAAGAAGGCUCCAGAAUUACCAGUAAAGCCAAAAGGUGUUCUUGUCAGACACAUCUUUGCACUACUUGAAAUUACUUUCAGGUACAAAACCUAACAUCUUGGGGAAUGCUUGCUUUUUUUGUGUCAGAAAUCACUUGCAUUGAGAAAUUCUUGCUCUGCAAAUGUUAUGUUACGUUCAUUUUUAUUUUUUGUACUGACUCAGGACAGCAUGUUUGAAGUAUGAUAAAGAUGAGGGUUUGGUUGUUUUAUAAGGUCAGGGUUGGAGCCAGAAGCCCGAAAGCAAAAGAGGAAAUUAUGUUCUGAUGGCUGCAGUUCUCGCUGUUUCCAUGUGACUUUGAGGAGAACUCUAGAGACUUACACAGGACAUUCCUUUUGACUGCAACGUGGUUUUCAUUCUCAUCAGCCAACAGCUUUUCUGGCAUCAUUUUUUCCUAGGUUGAAUUUCUAGCUUUGAAUGUUAACUGGAGCUAUGCUUCCACCCUGGGGAAAAACUGCCAGGAAAGCUGUUGCCUGCUGAGUAGCUAAAGAUGGUAAAAUAGGAAUGCUGUGGUUUGUGCAUGCUAAGGAGCUAAUGUAUCACCUUCUUUUUUUUUUCUUCCAGCACUGGGGUCCAGUUCUGCAAACACUACACAGCAUAAUACUUCUUUAGCAAAUGGUACUACUUUAGGUCUCUUGUGCUGUAGUUCUUACUGAUGUUUGCCAGCUGGACCUCCUUCUCUUGUGAAUUAUUCAUAAUUAGCAAUUGUUGGCUCUUAAACUGUAAAAUGUUGAGAACAUUAUGACACUUCCUAGCAUGCCAACUAUUCUUUGUUAAGCGGAUGACAACUCAGUGUUGUAGUUUGCUGUAUGCCAUGAGAUACUGGUGUUGUGAUUUGUAAGACAUUGCAAUCUAUGUUCACUGUAUAAAGAAAACAACUAUUGCACUAGCUGUACUUAAAAAAAAAAAAAAAAAAAACAAGAAAAAAGCAAUAAUGUAAGCAUCUUAUAAGUUAUAUCUUAAAAGGUGCUAUUUGUCAUGAUCACUUCCACUGUUGACCAUGAAUUUGGUAAAAGUUUUAAAGAAAUCUGUCUUACGUGGUUUGCUCACUUGGCACGUAGAAUUUGAAACUUUUUAUGGUCAGUGUAUGUACUAAGCAAAUGAAAUUCUUUGGGCUACUUACAAAAAAAAAAGUCAAAAAACAAUGUCCAUCUAUGGUGCUAAUAAUCUCAAAAAAAAUCAAGAGCUGGUAUUCUCUUAUCACCCAUGAACAUUAAGCAGAGCUGUUUUGACACUUUUUUCAAUAAAGCAAUUUCUCUAUCUUUUAAGCUUGUUCUAAAUGCUUUUUAUAAAAAUAUGACCCUUUUCUAUUUAUUUUAUAUAAAACAUACAAAAUAUUAUUGUAAAUAUUUUAAAUGCCGGAAGAAGGUAGGAGUGUGUAGAAUAGAGGUCUGAGAUUGAGUUUUCCUAAGUGCUUAGGACAGUUAAUCUUUUGAAACUUGAUGUAAGAUGUAAAAAUUGUGUUAGGUAGGAUUAAGGCAUAGACUUGAACUGUUUUUUAAAAAUGUUCUCUGGCUUCAUCAGCAUUGUUGAAGCCUUGAAGACAGAAAAUUGUAUGAGGAAACGCUGAUUACUAUCUAGUGUAGAUACAUCUUCUGCUAAAAGUUCUAAAAAAUAAAUUUGUGAAGGAAGAUGACCAUGUAGCUCUAUCUAAAGAGCAGAAGUGAAAUUUGAAAGUGAAAUUUUGACAUGGUUAUCAAGGCAAUUUGUAGUAGGAUAUAAUGAAUUAACGUGAAAGAGCCUUAAUUAAGAUGGUUGAGAUUAUGGAAGAUAAGUUCUUUUCUUAUUGGUUUACAGCUUCAUAAGCAGACUUUUCUUAAGACAAAAAAAAAAAAAGUUCCUUGUGCCUUCUGUAGCAGAGUUUUUCUUCUCCAUCUUCAGUUAUGGUUUUACAUUGCAUAUAAUAAAGGGCAAUGGACUUCCUAAUCAUUCUAAAUUGAAUCUUCAGGCAGCAGAAUCUACAUCUUCUCUCCAAGAGAAAUGAAAGCCUAUAGUUCUUGUUAAGGCUCCCUUUCAACUGGCAAUUAUAAAAGUGCUGAUGCCUUUAAUAUUUGGGAACCAUACUAUAGCCAACUUGGAAAUAAAUAUGAUCCAGUAGUGAGAAAAUAUUAAAUAUUCCACUUCUACAUGCUUGGAAGUGCAGAUGGGGUGUCAUGUAUAGGCGCACGUGAGCGAGCAGUCUGUAUGUAGAAGUGUGUCACCUGAGGCACUACUCAAAGCUCUAAGGUUUGCACCUUUUGUAUACUGAAAAAGUUCUUCCAAACCAUUUGCUUUUGUUACUUCAAGAAAUAAGUCUUCAUCCAGUGAAGACAGAUAAUCUAGUGACAAUAGUCUGUACUGUGUCUCACUACUCUCAGAGCUUGCUUUAAUAGCAAGAAAUUUGGAAGAGCCAAAGGGAGAGAAUGAAGUCAUCUGUAACAGUUCUAAGCCAUGGUGAAAUAUAACUUUCUUAGUUUUGUCUGAGGCAACUAGUAAUUAAAAUAUCUUUUUCAUUUAUUUAAAAAGUGCAAUAUAAGUAGAAAUAUUAGCAAAAUUAAAUGGCUGUCUGUAUCAAUGCCCUGCAAAAAAUGAAGCUUUUGUGAGCAUGUGGCAGGUACUGGCUAGUGGGUGACCGAGUGCAGAUUUUCCGUGUUAAUAUCUGCUGUGAGUUAUGGAACUAUGACUGUCAGUGUACUAAUGCUACUCAGAGAACUUUUGAGCAUUUUCAAUAUACUUUUAACAAAGCGUGUUUUUGUGUUGUGUUUUUUUUUUUUUUUUUGCAAAGAAAGUACCUAUGGAAAUAAAAAUCUAAAAGUCGCCUACAAACUGAAAUAUACAGAAACACAGCCCACGGUUGAAGACAGUGAAUGUUAACAACUACAUAUAAUAACCCGUGAACAGUCUAAGUGUUGUGAUAGGAUUCAAAGGCAGACAAAAUUUGAGAAAGAAAUAUAUUGCUUUGGAGAGUUUACUUUCUUUAAAUUUCCAGUUCUUUUGCUUGGGCAUUAAUACUCUAACUUGGUUAUCUUUAAAGAAAUGUGAAUUCAUCUGAAGUAAUCUCGUUUAUUAAGUACUUCUUUAAUGAAGGUUUUUCUCUGGGAGAGUGGGGAGGAGGGAAGAGGGUUAUUUGCUUGUUUCAUGGAAUUUUUUGCCUGUUAAAAGCAAGAGCUUUGAUUACUCAGUCUAGGGUGAAACAGAUCGAGGAAUGGACUUUCCUGAAGUGCUUAAGUAAAUGGAAGAUGGCUUUUAUUACCUUGUAGUAGGACUGGGGAGGAAUGAUUUCCAAGGAAAGCAGAAUUACUUUCUCUAGUUGCUCAUCAAACAGGCUGAGAAGGAGGUGAGGCUAGAUUACUUCUAUGUGGGGGGGGAGGGGAAACUAAUGUAAAGAAAACUAAUGAUUUUUAAAUGUGCUAAAUAGCUUAACUAUGUAUUGACAGACUGCAGAACAUAAAACUUCCCUUGAGACUCAGAUUUUUUUGUUCAGCUAAAUUUUUCAUGCUGUUUUUUUUCUAAUAGGUGCCUCUUUUGUGAACAUUGUAAUUGAACCACUGAAUUUCUGGCAAAUACGGACAAAAAAACCUAUACAUUUUGUUCUGCUUUAAGGUCAUUUAAAUGUGAUCUUAGUUUCUGCUUUGUUUCAGCGGUAGUAAAAGAUCCACUUGCUGUUUAUAUUAAAGAGAUUGCAUCCAGUUGCCUUAACUGCUUGGACAAAAACAGACCUUGACCCUUGGAAGCUUUACGUGUGUCUAAAAUUCCUGUAACUUCUGUACACUUACUUGCAAUAAAACCUUUUCACUGUA